UCAACCCUAGUUCUUUAGCAACUUGCAUGGUGAGGGACAUGAGAUGGCUUUCUUCUUUAGCUUCUAGGGCCUCACCUGCACUCAGAAACCUCCCCGAGCAAGCUCAGAGAGAAUCCUCAUCAAAAAACAAACCCAGAAAAGUUCUGAAUCAAACACCUUCUGACAACGUUGGAGCUCCUCUUAAAGGUAAUUCUCCUAAACCCAACUUUGAGCCUCAAAAUCCUAAUUUAGUUUCCAUUUCAACGAAUCCCAUUUCAGCUGUUAAUCACAAGUUUCGUGUUGAUAAUAAGCGAAUUGAUCACCUACACAUCGCUCAAAUUCUUUCACGGAAGGACUGGUUUUUAUUGCUGGACCACGAGUUGAAGGCCAAGAGGAUUUUUUUAAAUCCCCAGUUUGUUGCUAGUGUCUUGCAAAACCAAGAAAGCCCAUUACAUUCUUUGAAGUUUUACAUAUGGGUUUCGAGUACCGACUCGUUAUUCGCAAAGAAUCAAUCAGUUCGUGGUGUUUUAGCCAAGACCUUUUACCGGAAAGGCCCAGUUGUAUUGUCUGUUGAAUUGCUAAAAGAUAUUAAGAAUUCAGGUUUUAAGGUCAGUGAAGACUUGCUUUGCAUAUUGAUCAGCAGUUGGGGUAGGUUGGGUUUGGCAAAAUAUUGUGCUGAGGUUUUUGGGCAAAUAUCUUUUUUGGGUUUUAGUCUUAGCACAAGAUUGUACAAUGCUGUGAUCGAUGCUUUAGUCAAGUCCAAUUCACUUGACUUGGCUUAUCUAAAAUUCCAACAGAUGCCCGCGGAUAACUGCAAUCCCGAUAGGUUCACUUACAACACCCUCAUUCAUGGAGUUUGCAAGAUUGGUAUUGUGGAUGAGGCACUUCGCUUACUCAGACAAAUGGAGGGCUUGGGGUAUUUGCCUAAUGUUUGUACGUAUACUAUCCUCAUAGGUGGGUUUUGUAAUUCAAAGAGGGUUGACGAAGCCUUCAGGGUUUUGGAGAUAAUGAAGGAGAAGAAUGUGUCCCCUAAUGAAGCUACUAUCAGAUCAUUGGUUCAUGGGGUAUUUCGUUGCAUGGCCCCUAGCAAGGCUUUUGAGUUGUUAUUGACUUUUUUUGAAAGGGAGUCUGUAUUUUUUAAAGUAGCUUGUGAUACCAUACUGUGUUGCCUUUCAAAUUAUAAUAUGGCAAAAGAGAUUGCUCUGUUUUUGAAGAAAUCUGGUGCAAGAUGUUAUUUGCCUGACAGUUCGACGUUCAACAUCAUAAUGGUUUGUUUGAUAAAGGAAUUAGCUAAUCCUCAGAAUGAGGUCCAGGAAAUAUUUGAAAGUUUUAUACAGCGAGGAGUGAAACCAGGAUUUAGUACUUAUCUCCAAUUGAUUGAAGCUAUGUACAAGGCAGGACAAGGUGAUGAGGGGAAUCGAAUCUUUGAUCAAAUGAUCAAAGAGGGACUUGUUUCAAAUGUCUUCUCAUACAACAUGGUAAUUGAUUGCUUCUGCAAAGCCAAAAUGAUGGACAGGGCAUCAAAGGCUUUUGGAGAUAUGCAGCUCAAAGGUAUUCCUCCUACCCUUGUUACUUUCAAUACACUUCUUAAUGGAUAUUGCAAGGUUGGAGAGGUAGGUAAGGCACAUGAACUAUUGGCCUUGCUCUUGGAACAUGGGUUUAAGCCAGAUAUGUUCACUUUUAGUUCAAUAAUUGAUGGUCUUUGUCGGGUGAACCGGAUUGAUGAUGCUUUUGAAUGUUUUGCUGAGAUGGUUAGGUGGGGGGUCACUCCAAAUGCCAUCACAUACAAUAUAUUGAUACGCGCUCUGUGUUUCAUUGGAGAUAUUGCUAGAUCGAUGGGACUAAUGAAAAGAAUGGAGGCAGAUGGAAUAAAACCAGAUGCUUACUCGUUCAAUGCUCAUAUUCAAUGUCUUUGUAGGAUGAACAAGGUUGAGAAAGCAGAGGAACUUUUUCUUGCUAUGUUAACACUGGGUUUGAAUCCCGACAAUUAUACAUACAGUGCUUUUAUCAAGGCAUUGUGUGAUUCAGGAAAACUUGAUGUGGCGAAGGAGAUAUUUCUCUCUAUGGAAGCAUAUGGUUGUUUUCCUGAUUCUUCUAUUUGUGAUAUAAUUUUAGAUUCACUGGUUCGGAAUGCCCGUGUAGAAGAGGCCCGUAGUAUAAUAAAAUGUUUUCACAGGAGGAAAUAAAUACCUAAUUUGUAGGGCAAGGCUAUCGCCAGUCCAUGUGUUUUAUGCUGCUCUGUUGAUAUGUUUGCUCAGAAGACAUGUCCAUCAGUAGCACACGAGGAUGAUGAUUUGCGUAAUGCAUUUUGGAACCAACUGUAUCCUGGGGAGAUGGAAAGCAAAAUUCAGAUGUUUUGCCUGUUAUCCAUAGGAGGAGGCAUUAGUACAGUACAGGAGCAAAGACAGAUGAUGCAGGACAGAGAAAAUAAUAGGAGGGAGGGGAAGAACAAAGAUAAAAGAGAGGGUUUAGAAGAAUUGAGGAUCGAGAAUUAGAAGAAUGAUGAGGGGGUGUAGAGACAAGUAAACAAUAGCCUAUGUACAAGGCAUCACUUGUGGACGUGGCAGUAUUGCUGCUAAGAUUUUCUCCUCAACUUCUAACUUUUAUCUGCCACCAAGAAAAAGCUUAAAAUUGACAUAAAUUCAAGUUGUGAGAACAGCAGGAUGUUUGAGUAGAAUUUGGAAAGCUUGCCACAAGUAGUUUUGGACCCGUCUUUCUUUUUAUUAUGAAGUUGAAUUGAAGAGGUUCUUGGCCAUUCGGUGAAAUGCUAUUUAUUUCAUUGUGUUCCUACCCUAGCAAACCCAGAUGAUUACAUGUUUCAUAACCUCUGUUGUAGGUAUGUCAAUCAGAAUAAAAAUUAAUA